UCGUGCGCGAGGGUUGGCAGCCUUGGCAAUUCUGCGCGCUGUUCGCGAGAGUCGUGCGAAACCGUUAACGAUCGUUUGGCGGGCUGCGACCAUAUGCGCAUGCGUCUACUCACAUUCACCUCACCAUUUCGUGUCGUUGACUGAUUGCAUUUUUCACUAAACAGUGAAGCUGUGAACUUGCCGUUUAUAUUGCAAACCUAGCAGCCCCCAAUACCUAGCAAAUCGCACAAGGUUCGCAAGAACAGGACUAGCAGAGAAAGCAAAGCCGUUCUAGUCACUUGCGUGUUGACUGCGAAAGAGCUAACAGCGAAUCAAUUUCAAAAAGCGCAGAACUUAGCGAAAGUACAAAAAAGUAAAGAGAGAAAAAAAAAGAGAAGGCAGCCAAGAUGAGUAGUGAGAACUUUGAUAAAUGUGCCGCAAUCCUGUUGGACGUCUCCGGGACAACCACCUCCAUCAACUUUGUGAAGGAUACUCUCUUUCCGUUCGCCGUAAAACAUGCCGAAGAAUACUUGAAGGCGAACUGGGAAUCCGAUGAUGUCAAAGAGGCGGUCAAGGAGUUGCCCGAAGGUGCUGAAGCUGAAGUCGCCAAAGCCGUCGAGCAAUUUACAAAAGCCACAAACGACGACACCGAUAAUAAAGGUGCAAAGAGUUUACAAGGUUUGAUCUACAAGAAAGGAUACGAAUCUGGUGAUCUAAAAGCACAUGUCUUCGCUGACGUCAAAGAGAACUUGGAAAAUUGGUCGAAAACCAAGAAAAUUAUGAUCUACAGUACAGGUUCUGUCGAGUCACAGAAACAGCUAUUCUCUCACACAACUGAGGGUGAUUUAUCCUCGUUCAUCACCAACUAUUACGAUCAAACAGUUGGAUCAAAAACAGAGUCUGCUAGUUACGAGAAAAUUUCAAAAGAAGCCAGUUUUAAACCAGAAGAAGUCAUUUUUGUCACUGAUAACCUUGAAGAGGCAAAGGCAGCUAAAACAGCUGGCUGCAAUGCCGUUCUGGUAUUACGUGAAGGAAACGCCGAAAUUAAGGAGGAAGAUCGCAAGGAAUUUACGACAAUAAGCAGCUUUACGGAGUUAGCUUCUGCAAAGCGUAAGACUCCAGAUGAUGUCUCCACUGAGGCUCCUCCCAGCAAGGUCGCUAAGACUGAAGAAACUUCGGAACCGAAAGAUGCUGAGCAGAAAGAGGAAAAGAAAACCGAAGUAGUCGAGGAAGCUAUGGACGUAGAUUCUUCUGACAAAUCAGAGAAACCAGAAGAAGUGAAAACUGCAGAGGCACCUAAAGAGGAGGAAAUAUCCGUUGAAAAGAAAGAAGACGCAGAAGAGAAAAAGGAGGCAGUUGUCUCCACAACGGAGCCGGAAAAGGUAAAAGAAGCCGAACCAAAGAAGGCCGAGGAAAGUAUGGAGACUGAUACAGCUGAAGAAGCCAAGGAGACAGAUUCCGAAAAGGUAGAGAUAGCCGAGGAAGCUAAAGAAUCCAAGCCAGAGGAGUCAAAAAUGGAGGAGGUUCAAGAAGAACCCACAACCACUAAACCAGAACCGGAGACCACUGAGGAGAAACCAAAAGAGGUGGUAGAAUCUGUCAAUGAAGCUGCAGCUAAAGAGACAGACAAAAAGAUUGUAGAAGAGCCUAAAACAGAGAACAAACCUGAAAUUGAAACAACAACUGAAAAAGUUGAAGAGUCAAAGACAGAUGACGUCAAAGCUGAAGAAGACAAGGAUAAAAAAGAGGAACCAAAAGAGAAAAAGGCAGAGGAAACUAAAACGACAGAAGUAGAUACUACUACUCCUACAGGAGCAGCCGCCACUACUACCACCACAACCACACCUUCCACAACAGAAGCUGAAGCGAAAGAAGCUAAAUCGCAGGAGGAAAAGACAAAAGACGAAGAAACUAAGCCAGAUGAGCCUAAAGUUGAGGAGAAAACCGUAGGGAAUGGUAAAAAGGAGGAUAGUAAACCAGAAACUGAUGAAGAAAAGAAGGAAGAGGCUGAAGAGAAGGAAGGCGAGAAGAAGGUGGAAAAUGGCGUUGAGGAAGAAAAGGAAAACAAGAGCGAAAUUGCCAACGGAGCAGAGAAAAAUGGUGAUUCGACAACAACUACCACCUCAACCACCGUCGCCAAGAAUGGAGAGGUUGAGAAUGGGACCACCACCACCCCUACAGAAGAGAAGAACAAGGACGAAGAGAUCAAGGUAAAAAAAAUUGAAGACAGCGCUGAGUCGACGCCGGUCAGGGUCGAGGCGUAAACCAAUGAUUGCGGUCCAAAACUGAUCCUCCUUCACUUUUACUAAUUUAUUAUUUUAUGACAAAAAAAAUAUCAUAUAAGUCUCUGUGUUCAUCGUUUUAUACAAUCUCUCUCUGCCAUUUUAUACACUAUCAAAAAAAAAAUAUAUUUAAAAAAUAUAACAAGGAGAAAGAUUUAGAGACAGAAUAUUUUUUCGAGAUGAGAUAAUGUAUAAAAUGCGGGAAAUUCCGAAAUUCAUUAAGUUUCCUUUUUGAGAUGGAAGAUUGUGCCAAAACUCUUAUACACGUGACCUAGUGUAUGAUUACCUAUCCAAGAAAAACAUAAUAUAAAAAAAGAGCACAAUAUAAUAUACUAAUUUCAAGUAUUAUUAAAAAUGAAAAAUUUAAAGACUGUGAAUAGACUGGAUAUAAGAAUUUCCGUUUUUGAAUUCCUACAAUGUUUCGUUAUUUUUAUUCAAAACAGCAGUAUUAUUGAAUUGAGAUUUUUUCGUUUUCUAUCUUUUUCUUUUAUAUAUAUAUUUUUUUUUAUUCUCAAUAGGUUCUUUUUUCAAGACAUAUGUAAAAGAGGAAAGAUAAAAUAGGUGUAUGUACUUAGGUAUUAAGGCUUAUUUUUUACAUUCCUUACUCAUUGGAAGUAACAAGUAUUUGAACCCCACAUUGAUGGAUUGAUUGACGUUGAAACUGUCAGUGUCCUUCUCUCCUCGUCCUCCUCUUUUUCUCUUAAUUUUAAUAUUAUUUAACUUUAUCGUAUAUAUAUAUUAUAUAGGGUUUGUAAUAUCUUCCAUCCUCUAUUUGUAAUAAUAAUUAAAUAUCGUUGUGGAUUGAAAGCGAAA